AUGUCCCGGGCGGAGCGGGGCUCGGCUGCGGGCGAGCCGGAGGCCGAGAAGGCUGAAGAAGAAGAAGAAGAAGUGGUGCAGAUCCGGCUGGGCGAGCGGAGCUUCGCGGUGUGCAAACGGAAGCUGCUGGAGCAGAGCGACUACUUCGGCGCCCUCUACCGCUCGGGCAUGCGGGAGGCGGCCGAGCCGGCGGUGCAGCAGCUGCGCGGCGGGCUGAGCGCGCAGGGCCUGGAGCUGGUGCUGGCCUUCAUCGACACGGCGCGCCUGGAGGGCGGCGAGCCCCCCCUGCUGGACGAGCUGGUCGAGGCCGCCUCCUACCUGCAGGUCACGCCGCUGCUGCGCCGCCUGCGCUCCCAGGUGCGCCUCGACAACUGCCUGGAGCUCCGCCGCCUGGCCCACAUCUACGGCCUGCAGGAGCUGGAGGAGGCCUGCCUCCACUUCAUGGGCGGCCGCUUCCACCAGGUGCUCCGCAGGCCCGAGGCCCGCCCGCACCUCCUCCUGCCCGCCGCCCUGCGCCUCCAGCUGAAGGAGCGGCGCAUGAGGGGCACCGCCGCCCUGGUGGCCUUGGGCAGCUUCGCCGGAGGCCCUUCGGCCCUGCAGGACUUGCCCUGCGCCAUGCUCAGGUACGACGAGGGGGCUCGGCGCUGGCUGCUGCUGCCCAGCGACCUGCCUGCCCACCUGGUGAACGUCCGGGGCUACGGCUCGGCAGUGCUGGACAACUACCUGUUCAUCGUCGGGGGCUACCGCAUCACCAGCCAGGAGAUCUCGGCUGCCCACUGUUACAACCCUUGCCUGAACGAGUGGAGUCAGGUGGCUUCCAUGAACCAGAAGAGGUCAAACUUUAAGCUUUUGGCUGUUGGAGGAAAGCUGUAUGCCAUUGGUGGGCAGUCCCUCUCUAACGUGGAGUGUUACAACCCUGAGCAUGACUGGUGGAACUUUGUGGCAUCUUUGCCCAACCCCCUUGCUGAAUUCUCAGCCUGUGAAUGCAAAGGCAAGAUAUACGUCAUGGGAGGCUACACUACAAGAGACCGAAACUUAAACAUCUUGCAGUACUGCCCUACCUCAGACAGCUGGACGAACUUUGAGAUGUGUGACAUCCACAUCCGCAAGCAGCAAAUGCUAUCUGUUGAGGAAACCAUCUACAUAGUUGGGGGCUGUAUCCACGAACUGGGAUCUAAUCAAAAACCCAGCCAGAAUGAGGACAUGUUGACAGUGCAGUCUUAUAACACAGCCACCAGAGAAUGGCUCUACCUCAAAGAGAACACAUCAAAAUCUGGUCUUAAUUUGACUUGUGCUCUGCACAACGAUGGGAUCUAUAUCCUCAGCCGAGAUCUCACUCUCUCUACAAGCUUGGAGCACCGAGUCUUCUUGAAGUAUAAUAUAUUUUCAGACAACUGGGAAUCACUUAAGCACUUCCCAGCCUUUGGACAAAAUAUAUUGGUCUGUUCUAUGUACUUGCCAAAUCUUAGUUGAAUGUAAGCACAGUAAAUUUGAUUUGCUAUUGGA